CUCUCUUUCUCUCAUCAUCUAUAUCUCUCUCUCUUCUUAAAACUACUUUCUGUUCCCCUCCCUCUCGCUUUCUUCACUGACAGAGAAAAUACCUGCACAAUUUCUCACGCACGCACGCAUUGCCAGCCACUUCCCCACCUCACCCUUCUCUUUCUCUCCCUUCCCAGCUCACUCAUGGAUAUCAUAAGACGCUGCUGCUGCUGCUGCUCUUCCUGUCAUUGCAGCAACAGCAGCAGGAACAGCAUCAGAACAACCCUCCAUGCUUCUCUUACUUCUACUACAAAACACCAUUGCAUUUCCUCAUUCUUAGACUUCUCCUCAUCUCUUGUGUUUUCUUUGUUGUUUUUUUUUCUCUUUCUGUUUUUUGUUCUCUGAUGGAGUUCUAUGGAAUGCAUGGUCUUCAUGGUAGUGAUGCUGAAGCUCAGCUCCCUCCUGGGUUCAGGUUUCAUCCCACUGAUGAAGAGCUCAUCACUUACUAUCUGCUCAAGAAAGUUCUUGAUAGUGGUUUUACUGGUAGAGCCAUUGCUGAGAUUGAUCUCAACAAAUGUGAGCCUUGGGAACUUCCAGAGAAAGCGAAGAUGGGAGAGAAGGAAUGGUACUUCUUUAGCUUGAGAGACAGGAAGUAUCCAACUGGGUUGAGGACUAACAGAGCAACUGAUGCUGGUUACUGGAAAGCAACUGGGAAAGAUAGAGAGAUUUAUAGCACAAAGACUGGGUCUCUUGUGGGGAUGAAGAAAACACUGGUGUUUUACAAAGGGAGAGCUCCCAAGGGGGAAAAGAGUAACUGGGUCAUGCAUGAGUAUAGACUAGAGGGCAAGUUUGCUUACCAUUUCCUCUCUAGAUCUUCCAAGGAUGAAUGGGUGGUGUCCAGAGUGUUUCAGAAGAUAGGUGGUGGAAAGAAAGCAAGGAUAAGUGUGGCUACUGGUUUCUCAUACAUAGAUUCAUCAUCAUCAGCAAUAGCUAUCUCUGGUUCACCAUCUUCAACCUCAUUGCCACCACUUCUUGACUCACCGUACGCCACUGGCAAUGCAGCAGCUGACCGGGAGAGCUGCUCUUAUGAUAGCAGUGAUAGAAACAACGUGCCCUGCUUCUCCACCACCUUUGCAGCUACUACCUUUCAAGCUCCACCACCUGCACCACCACCGCCACCACAACCUGCCAUCUAUCGUCGUGGAAAUGGAAAUGCAAGCCUGAUUCCUUCUUCUAUGCAACAAGGUAACAUCCAGCUGCCAUUUUUCUUAGCUCCUCAAGUCACAGCUGCAAUGGUGUGUGACAAUGCUGACCAGCACCAGCAGCAAGGUGGAUUAGGAUGGGUGGAGAUUGAAAGGAAGGUUGAUAUUGGAAGGUCUCUUGGUGGCACUGAACUGGACUGUCUUUGGUCUUUCUGAAGUUUCUUUCUUUAUUAUGUUUCUGAUGUUUUGCUGCGUAUGUGUUUGUGUUUGUGCUUGUGAUGGAGAUUGAAACUUUGAUGUUGUGUGGGUUUUGUUAUUAAUGAAAUGAAUGAAUGAAUGAAUGAGAAUGUGGGUUUCGAAA